UCUGAGUUUAGCUAAGAAAACAGCUGAAACAGGCUAUUCUAGAAACUCCCACCAGGAGUGAGAGCGGGAGGGAGUAGAGGACAGGCUCGACUCGAGGGAGUGAUAAGCAGUGAUAGUGAGAGUAGAGAUGGGCAGAGCGAGGACGUGAGAGAUGCCAGAGUGUGCGAGAAUAUGCGGUUGUGCAUGAGAUCCGCAAUUAGAAUAUUUUUGAGAGGCACGGAAGCUGAAUGAAUAGCUGGAGACCGUGAGGGAGUGCUGCUAAAACUUACACCCUUAUCUGCCCAGAGGAAACAGAGGAAGAGAGAGGAACAACCGCCUGCGGACUGGAAUCCGGCAAGCAGUCUAGCAGCGGAGACGUUGACACACUGGGGAACGCCCCCAUACACACACACACACAGACCCUGGCCCCAGGGAGUUCUCUCCACACACAGUCCAGCCGUAGUGGCAGCAUGUGGAAAUGACAGGGGGGAGCCAGCCCGGAGAGAAUACAGCAGUUUUUCCUUGGAUACCCACAGGAACGGUUUGCCUGCGGGGCAGCGGGAGCGCUAAUCACUGAAGGGCUAACGGAUGAUAGAACCCGUGCCGGCGCGGUUUUGCGACUGUGCACCUCUGAACGGUGUACAUGAGCAUGUAUGUGUGUAUACCCCUUACCUUUGGUCAGUGUGUGUGCGUGUUUGUGAGUGUGUUCACUCUGAUCACUACACGGAAUAAGGGAAUGUUUCUGAAUGAAGAUGGCUGGCCACAGCAGCCAGCAGACGCCGGAGACUAUAGGCAGCUGAAGACAAGAGACUAAGGGACCGCAUUUUUCCUUUUGUCCCUUUUUGUCUUUCCCGUUCCUCCGUCUUUCUUUCCUCCUGUCUGCCUGGAAUCCAAAUCUCAUUGAAGAGUUUGGGGAAAUCAUGAACUCUUCUGGAGCAGUCAAAAAAUUUGGGAGGGACUCCCAGAUUGAAGGGCGUGAGCUCCAUCUGGCUGCCCUGGCCUCGUUGAAGGGGGACGUGGUGGAGCUGAACAAGCGGCUGGUGCAGACAGAGAGAGAGCGAGAGCUGCUGGAGAAGAGACUGGCCAAAGCACAGUGUGAGCAGUCCCAUCUGAUGCGGGAGCAUGAGGACGUUCAGGAGCAAACCACGCUACGCUACGAGGAGAGGAUCACGGAGCUGCACAGCAUCAUCGCUGAGCUCAACAAGAAGAUAGACCUGCUACAGAGCAGCACCAUCAGGGAGGAGGAUGAGUUUUCUGAGCUGCGUUCAGAGCUCAGCCAAAGCCAGCUGGAGGUCAACGAGGACGGACGGAGCCUCGAACAGGACGGGGCAUCUGUGUCACUGCUGGAAAACCACUCCACCCUGGUGACAGCCGACAUGGACAACUGCAGUGACCUCAACUCGGAGCUGCAGCGGGUUCUGACGGGGCUGGAGAGUGUUCUGUGUGGGAGGAAGAAGAGCACCUGUAGCCUGUCUGUGGCAGAAGUGGACCGCCACAUUGAGCAGUUAACCACUGCCAGCGAACACUGUGACCUGGCCAUCAAGACAGUAGAAGAGAUUGAGGGCGCUCUCGGCCGAGACUUCUACCCCAGCUUGUCUGAGGAGCGGGUGCACUGGGAGAAGGAGCUGGCUGGCCUCCGGGAGGAAAACGAGAGCCUGACGGCCAUGUUGUGCUCCAAGGAGGAGGACCUGAACCGCACCAAAGUCACCAUGAACGCCAUUCGGGAGGAACGGGACCGCCUACGACGACGGGUAAGGGAGCUGCAGACGCGCCUCCAGAGCUCCCAGCCUGCAGGCCCAUCCAGCCCCGGACGACUCACCCCUGCCUCCCGCCCCAUCAACCCCAGUACUGGGGAACUCAGCACCAGCAGCAGCAGUAACGAUAUACCUGUGGCCAAGGUGGCAGAGCGAGUGAAGCUGUCAAAAACCCGGUCAGAGUCUUCCUCCACGGAGAGGCCUGUACUGGGAUCAGAAAUCAGCAGUAUUGGGGUUUCCAGUAAUGUGGCUGAGCACCUGGCCCACUCCCUCCAGGACUGCUCCAACAUCCAGGAGAUCUUCCAGACACUCUACUCCCAUGGAUCCGCCAUCUCUGAGAACAAGAUCAGGGAGUUUGAAGUAGAGACAGAAAGACUUAACAGUCGCAUCGAGCACCUGAAGUCUCAGAACGACCUGCUGACCAUCACUCUGGAGGAGUGUAAGGGCAACGCCGAGAGGAUGAGCAUGCUGGUGGGGAAGUACGAGUCCAACGCCACCGCCCUCCGAUUGGCACUGCAGUACAGUGAACAGUGUAUAGAGGCCUAUGAGCUGUUGUUGGCGCUUGCUGAAAGUGAGCAGAGUCUGGUACUGGGACAGUUCCGAGCUGCAGGGGUGGGCACUGUAGGAGAUCAGUUGGGAGAGGAGAGCAUCACUCAGGUCCUGAAGAGGGCCCAUGACUGCAGGAAGACAGCGGAGAAUGCAGCCAAGGACCUUCUGGGCCGGUUGGAUGGUAGCUGCGGAGCCGCAUUCGCUGUGAGCGGCUGCAGCGUUCAACCAUGGGAGAGCUUGUCUUCCAACAGUCACACCAGCACCACCAGUUCCACAGCCAGCUCCUGUGACACAGACUUCUCCAAGGAGGACGAGCAGCGGCUGAAGGACUACGUGCAGCAGCUGAAGAACGACCGGGCGGCAGUCAAACUGACCAUGCUGGACCUGGAGAGCGUUCACGUGGACCCCCUCAGCCUGGAGGUGAAGCCCCGCGGAGACACACACCGCCUGGACCUGGAGAACGCCGUGCUGAUGCAAGAGCUCAUGGCCAUGAAGGAGGAGAUGGCGGAGUUGAAGGCCCAGCUCUACCUUCUGGAGAAGGAGAAGAAGGCGGUGGAGCUUCGUCUGAGCACACGGGAGGCCCAGGAGCAAGCCUACCUGGUGCACAUUGAGCACCUCAAGGCCGAGGUGGAGGAGCAGCAGGAGCAGCGCCGGAGGUCCCUCGGCUCCACUGGGAGCUGUGGUAAAGACAAGAGCCAAGCUGCCAAGGAUAGUGGAGACUGUCCAGCCAUUAACCUAUCAGACCUGAGGAUACUGAAUGAUAGCGACCUGGCAGCAGAGCUCACAAACGCACUCAGACGUGAGAAAAAGUUGAAGGGGCGUGUCCAGGAGCUGGUGACAGCGCUGGAGAGACUAACCAAGAGUAGCGAGGUCCGUCACCAGCAAAGCGCAGAGUUUGUCAACGAUCUCAAACGAGCCAACAGUAACCUGGUGGCGGCAUAUGAGAAGGCCAAGAAGAAGCACCAGGGAAAGCUGAAAAAGCUGGAGGCUCAGAUGAUGGCAAUGGUGGAGCGCCAUGAGACCCAGGUUCGCAUGCUCAAACAGCGCAUCGCCCUUCUGGAGGAGGAGAACUCAAGGCCGCACACCAAUGAGACUUCCCUAUAAGGACUUAUAAGGCGUCACAAUGAGGACUGAUGAGGCGUCACUAUGAGGACUGAUGAGGCGUCACUAUGAGGACUGAUGAGGCGUCACUAUGAGGACUGAUGAGGCGUCACUAUGAGGACUGAUGAGGCGUCACUAUGAGGACUGAUGAGGCGUCACUAUGAGGAUUCAUCGGACAUUACUGCGAGAACUCGUGAGAUGUCAGUCACUCAGUAUUGCUCAUGCAGUCUCAUAUCGAGAGAUCACUAUGAAAACUCGCAGGCGUACUAACGAGACGUCACCAUGGGAGAACUCAGCAGCACCACAGGACCCCGUUAAUUCCCCCGUGGUAUGAACCAUCAGGCUGGGCACUGCUCAGAGGAUGGGGCAAAAGGUAGGAAGCGCUGGUGCGCGGUGGCUGACAAUGUAACCCUUCCCAACCAACCCAGACACACCCUGCUGCGCACAUACAUGCGUGGGAGGACACGGCAGUAAUGGAUCCAAACUCGCCAGCCAACAGAUAGACAGGUAGAACUCCCAGGACCUAUUGGAUUGGACGCUUGUGACUGCUGCCAACCAUGUCUGGAGAAUGACACAAUCCUAAUGGACUUGAAUUUUGAGGAAAAGUGUUGUUUUAUAUUUUCUGAGCACUAUAACAAAGUGACUACCAUUACUGGCAAAUGAUUCACUUUUAUGUCUCCCAUUUUAUUUCAUUUUAUUUCAUACUGUAUGCUCUAUACGGUCAUCUUUUUUGUUAUCUCAAGUUUUGGAUGCAGAUUAUUUAGCAAAUUAUAUGAUUUAUUAUACAUUUUAUUGACAUGUAGAAGAGUUUCUGAGGAUUCCUUUUUAAGACAUACCAUUACCUUAACUCAACAACCUAAACGUUUUCAGUCUAUAAUGUACACACUGCCAUGGGGAAGACUGACACUAUAUACAUGCUCUAUUCUCAGCUUUCACUGGGUUUCAAGUCUGGAAAUGUCCGAAACCUCUUUGUUAUUGCACUGUUAGAACGCGUCAUUUUAAUUAUUCAUUCUGAAGUAUGUUUACAGUGUAAAAUAAAAAUGAAUGUGCAACGGCAUAUUACUUCCUCACACACAGGUAAACCUUUUGUCUCUGAUUUGACCAGUAAACUUUGCAGGUCUGAUUGGUUCGUACUGUAAGUCGAUACCUGUGUGUCCUUACAAUAUAAAUGGCAGCAUUUUGGCAUGGGCUUUUAAAUAUAAAUCGGUUAAUUGCACACACCAACAUUCAUUCCAGACAUACGACAGGCAGCCAGUUCCACAAUAUCACCACAUUGCCUUUGCCCUGUUGAGGACUCUGUGAGCUUUAAACUCAGACCUCAACAUUAACUAAUGGCUGCUCCACUUUCUCUUUGGUUUAGGGAAUCACAUUCAAUAUAUAAUGCUGCAUUUGCUCACCUGACAGCUGAACUUCACUUCUAUACUGUAGCUAGCUACCAUAAGUCGGCAGAGACUGACUGGCACUAUAGAAUAAGACAACUAUUACCCUAAAGCCUGUUUUUGCAUGGGUACAGCCAUGGAGGAGGAUUAUUAUAAUAGUUUUUUAAAUGAAGUAUUACUGAUUCCCUGAUAAUACUGUGGAUUUGUCCGGUUCUCAUAUUUGUCGCCAAAGCUUGAAUUGGAGAGGAGAAACAUUAUAUAGCUGCUUUUUAACAAACUUCGUUGGAACGCUGCGUAAAAUGCAAAUGGAAUGCAGUGUGCAAAUCAUUUAUCCCUAUAUUUCAUUGAAAAUAGCACAAAGACAACCAAUGAAAUGGAAAUGGGAAUGUAAUGGUAAAUUACAUACAUUUGAUUUUGAUGUGAGCAAUAUGGACAGGGGCAUACUCUGUAUGCAUUAGGGAACUGAGGAGACCAAUUUCUGUAGUUUUUAAAGUGAAGUGUAUUCCCAUUCUUGCUUGAUAUAGGAUUUCAGCUGCUCUACAGUUUGGUGUCUCCCUUGUCUUAUUUUUUGUUUCAUAAUGCGCCAAAU